GCAGGUCACCUGUUGUGUUGGCUAACCUGAACUGUACAUUAUCUUAUUUUUAUUUUGCAGUUCAUAUAUUUGUUUUUAUUUUGUCAGGCUAAUCCUGAAUCCCCGGAUUUUAAUAAUUUGGAAAAAUGGGUGGAAAGCAGAAUAGGACAAAAAACAAUGUUAGGCCUUCUAAUAGUGGAAGGAGUGCAGCUAUGUUACAUACAAACCUUCCUCAUUUUGCCUCAGGAUUUUCUGGAACGAACAAAUCUACUGGUUUGUCAUCAGGGCUACCACCUUUAGCCUUUAGUUGUGUAGAAGAGUUUGAUCCUUCAGUAGAUGAAAAUUUUCAGCUUGUAUUGAAGAAAGUAUCUAAAAAGGAUUGUACUACCAAAUUAAAGGGCAUACAAGAAUUUUCUGAUUUAGUUGAAAAAGCUGAAGUUUCUGUUGUUAAAACCCUCUUACCUGUAUGGCCAAGAUUUUACAGUUUAUUAGUAAUACAUCCAGACAACAGAAUCAGAGAAGCUGCUCAAAAUGCACAUAACUUAAUAGUACUUAAAGUUAAAAGAGAUAUAGCUCCGUUUUUAAAACAAUUAAUGGCUCCGUGGUACAUUUCACAAUAUGAUAAUUACCCACCCGCCGCAACCGCUGCUGCGCAGGCUUUUAACAAUACUUUUUCUCCAACAAAAUUUAAGGAAGCCAUAAUUUUUUGCCACCAAGAAAUUCUUAAUUACAUAUAUGAUAAUCUAAUUAACCAGACAGCAGAAACUGUUGGCUCCAAACAGCUUACAACUGAGGAAGCUGAAGCCAGAUAUGAAAGAAUUGUUAUAUCUUGCCUUCAGGGCUACACAAAUUAUCUUAAAGAAGUCUCAGAAGAUAAGAUAAGUGAAUCAGUAUCAAUACAUACUCAGAUAGUUACAAAUAAAAAAUUUUGGAAAUUAGCAACCAGUAAAAUAUCAUUAGUAAGAUUGUCAUGGUUUCAAGCUUUAUCAGUGAUAUUACAGAAAGCAAUCCAUUUGUUGAAAGGAAAAGAAAACCAGACAAUAAGUAUUACCUUAAAUAGUCUGGAAGAAAUUGAAGCAAGUAUUUUACCUCAUAUUUGGGAGUGUAUUUUGCUUAUUACCUCAAGAGCGGAUUGGUGGAAAUUUAUAAACAUGGAUCAACAAUUUUCUCCAAAAAUAUUGAAUAUACUUAAACAGGCUGGCCAAGGUAACGCGACAAUAAUAUAUCCAAAUUUUCUUCCGUUGCUUUCCACAAUCCCGUUUCUAGACGAAAAGAAGCAAAAACAGUUUUAUAGUAGCUUUUUUGAAAGUAUGGCGAUGGGCAUAAAACAAAAGAAUGUGGCAACAAGCAAUCAGGAUACAAAAGUUAUUUCCAUCACCUACACUGAAUGCCUGCAAUACCUAAUUACAAAAAAUAUAACAAACACAUUAUUGUGCAAAUCGCUUCUGAAACAAUUUUGCACCUUCCUGGAAUGGUGUUUAACAAAAGACGCUCCAUCAUAUAAGGAGAUUUACAGUGCAACAACUAAAUUUAUGCUGUACUUCAGCAAAAAUUGCCAUCUUGAAGAUAUUCAAGUAUUAAUUGAACACUUUUUUAAUAUACUUGGAGAUGUAUUUUAUCGAUAUAUUAAUAGUCCUUCUAGUAAUAGCGUCUCUAGCAUUGCAGAAAGGCAAGUUGAGUUCUUACUAAGUCUUAAGGCAAUUGAUUUACCUGCAGAACACCAACUAAAGGGCAAUUUUUACAUGAAAAAACUAAACAAUUUUGGUCUCAAGGUAUUAGAAAACUUCUUGUCUUACACUGAGCGAACAGAGACAAGCGAACUUUUUGAUCAAAUAUAUAUUUUAAUCAGUGGGUUUGGAAAAGAUAUGGCUUUUGCUUAUCUUUUACAAAAGACAGAAGAUGCUAGCGUAGAACAGCGGUAUAUAAAUAUUUACAAUAAAUGGCUUAAAGAAUGCCUUCAUUCAGAAAAAAUGUUUUGCAAAGGAGUUUUGGAUUUAACAUUUUUACUAUUGUUGUCAUUGGAAAGAAGUGAUAAGGACGUCGUCUUAACAGAUAUAAUACAGGUCAAACAUCCUAAGUGCCUUAUCUGGUCAGUGGCAAGAGCACUGGAACAGCCCUUUUUAGAAGAUGAUUGCAUCCAGAAAUGGCUAAGAAGUGAUAUAAUCGGGGAGUUAUUCUUAAAAAUUACUGAUAAAUACAUUUCUAACAAUUGUAGUCCAGAUGAACUUGAUAUAUUUAAAUCUCUAUUGAAUGGGAACAUUAAAGGAGAGCUUAUCAUUGAUGAAGCAAAACUCCGUUAUGUGAUCGAAAGACUCUCCUUCAUUUUAUCUCAUAUGGAAGAGGGCACAACAUCUAAGGAUUAUAUUUGCGAAUUAGCUUUAUUUGUUUGUGAAUCCUUGCAUUCACAAACAAAAAAUAUUUCCCUAGCUAAUGAAUUACUUUUGGCAUUGUUCAAUCUAUGCUGCAAAUAUAAUGAUAAACAUUUUUCUAUUUCCGAAAAUAAUUUAACAAAUGCGACUGCUUUGUGGACUAAUUGUUUAACGACUAUAUUAAACGUGUUUACUGACGACGAAAGUUGCGUUAUAUUAAAUAAAUUUUUUAAUAUUAUUAAAGAAAAUUUAAAGCUGGCAAUAGUCAAUAAGCAUAGAGGACAUUUUUUUCAUGUUGAUUCAGUUACAUUACAGUUAUUACAAACCAUUUAUCGUACUAAUGGUUCCUUAGCUGAGUGGGUCAUUGAAUAUAUAGUCGAAAAUUCGCAAUUACAUAAAGAAGGUGUUGAAGAAUUGUGUAAGGUGGUCUUAUACAUAAAAGGUAUAUUGGACAGUAGUCAUCCUUUUACUAUUAAACAUCGUAUGAAUGAAGAGAGCAUUCUCUCAUAUCUAAUAAGUAACUUCCUAAAAAUUCAAGUCUUAACUCUGCCUUUGAAAAACUGUGUUGACGACGAGGCAAAAUCAUGCCAAGAAUUAAGGAUUUUAGAUUUUGGAAAGAGACCUGAAGAUACUUUAGUAGAUAUAUGGCAUUCUUCUUCUGUUAUAGAUGUUCUUCUUGAACACUUUAAUAAUGUGAAACACUACUCUGAACUAACUUACUAUCAUUCCUUAUUUGAUCAACGCAUUGUGGACAUAACGAAUGACACCGAUGACAAAAUUUUAACGAAAGUUAAAUAUCUUUUAAAAAACAACUGUGGUAGAUAUGGUUGGCUCUGGAGCAUAACUACUUACAAAUUUCACAUGAAACAUAAACGUGAGAGUUCGGACAUCGAAGAAAUGUACAGAGAACUAAUUGUCAAUAAAGAAGAGUGUCAAUUAAGUGGAGUCGUUCAUCUAAGUCAGCUAAUAAAAGAAAAUAAUACCUAUUAUAUGAACUUGGUCAAUUGCAAUUCACCCACUGAACUUUCAGAGACCAUGUUCACAUAUAUUGUGAAAGCUAGGCAUCAUAACUCUUCUCUUUUUGUUUACGAUGAUCAUGGAAACAUGGACUGGGAGCAGACAAACGAAGUUACCAAAUCAGUGAAAAUCGCUACAUUUUUAAUAAAAGAUUGCCCUUUCGUUCAACGCUCAUGGGAUUUUAUAGUUAUAACAUUGGCUUCAUGGACGUCAAAUUGUUUACAUGCGCGGAGAAUAUUAGAUCGUUUAGAGUAUCAGGCAUUACUAGUGUCUGUUGUUAACCUUUAUUUGGCUGUAUGUGAUAAAAUCGAAGAGUUUAGGAAAGAAAGCAUUAAUGUGAGCUCCUUAAAUGAGUGGGAUGAUGUUCUUCAUGAUGGAGUGCACUCUGAUAUUGCACAUUUAUGGAUAUUUCUAGCAGAACACUUUAAAAUACCCUCUGGAAAUUUAGUCAAUCUACCACUCUUACAAAGUUUUGGUCCGGUGACGGAUUACAUGAAACAUGGCUAUAUAUUUAAAAGUACUGCGACCGUACCGAAAUGGACAAAAUUUCUAAAAAUUAGCAACUCGUUACUUACGAAUUCACAGACCAUUUUACAGUUAUGGGGAUAUAAAAUGUUGUUAGCAUUAGUACCAGGUUUAGUGAAAAUAGAUGGCGAAGCGGUGGAUACAACCACGCCGCAUAAGAAUGGAUUAAUAUUUGAGCAAUUUAAAGAAAAAUUGAUUGAAAUUGAGGACAUUGUUAACAGUGUUUUAAUAGAUUUCAAUAUUGGGGAAGACAGCUGUAAAGUGGAACCGUCCUACGACUCGUUUACCUAUACUCUUGCUUACUUACUAUUAUGGGAUGUACUUUUAAACCUGUUCCAACAGGCCUCUCCAGAAUUACGUUAUCAAUACGCUGAAUGGCUAAAAAGUGCUUCUCUUCUUGAUCAAUUUUUAAUCAACAUAUUUAAAUUAAUGGGUGUAGAAACCAUCGAGCAAGGUGAUGUAAAGUUUGCACAUGAUGACUCUCUGAACAAUCCAAUAGACUUGCAGUGCUACCAUACAUUUUUUGGGAGUGACACAAUCGAAAAACUAGCGCGUUAUCUUUAUAAAUUUUCCCUCGAGCAAUUUCCAGCACUAGUACGACAGUGGUGGUCUGGUUUGGAUGUAAAAACUUCACAAGUUGUUGAGAAAAUAACAGAGUUACAUGUGUCACCACAUAUCUGCUAUUCAGAAAUGGAAACUAUUUUACAAAAUCAAAAUGCAUUUAAGAACUUAAAGGUUAAAGUAAUGCCAACAAUUAGAGAAAUCCAGGCAAUAUACACCGUAGACGAAGCGCAGAUGGAAUUAACAAUAACAUUACCACCAAAUUAUCCUCUUGGCAGUCCAAAUGUAUCGUAUAACAAACAAAUUAGUGGAGCUAAUCAAAAACAAUGGUUGUUACAGUUCCAAAAAUGUGUGCUUUAUCAAAACGGAAAAAUAUGGAAUGGUCUCUCUCUUUGGAAUGCAAACUUAGAUAAGAAAUUUGAUGGUGUCGAAGAAUGCUAUAUCUGUUACGCUGUUUUACAUGCGGGAACGUUUCAAUUACCCAAAUUGUCCUGCUCAACUUGUAAAAAGAAGUUUCACUCAACAUGCUUGUAUAAAUGGUUCAGCACUAGUCAUCAAACAACCUGCCCCUUAUGUCGACAUAUGUUUUAAGUUUUUAUGGAAAUACUGAAGAAAUAAUAAAAAAUAAUGAGCAAAUAAAUAAUAGAUCUUCAAUAUAUUUUUAUUAUGUUUUUUGUUACAUUUAAUAUAAAGCAAAAUUGUUAUAGUCUGAUCCACUGUACAAUAAAUAUAGUAUUUCGACUUUUUAAA